AUGAGUGUAGAGAGGGCGCAACAUGUCCAUCCGCAGAGAAGUCCUGUCCCCUCUCUCUCUUGCGCAGCUCUAGCAAUGUCGCCUCCUGCAGGAAGCGGGGCUGCGGCCGGCACGGCACCCGCACCGCCUCCGUUCCUCUUCGUGUACGGGACGCUGCGGCGCUCCUACAUGCUUCUACCGCACCAGCUGCGGCACAUGCGCCCCCCGCACUUGCUCGACACGCGCGGAGAGUGGGUGGGCACUGGCGUGCUGCGCGGGCACCAGCUGUGGGACGUCGGCGCGUACCCGGGCAUGGUCAAGGGAGAGGCGGGAGAUCCCGUCGUCGGCGACGUGUUCAGGGUGCAGGACGGCUGCUGGGAGGCGCUCGAUCGGUAUGAGGGCAUCGCGCCGGAGUAUACGACGCCGCAGGAGUAUACGAGAGAGGUACGUGUUGCAUUGUGGCAAGCGGAGAGCCUUUGGAGUGUAAGGUGA